GUUUAGAUAACGUCUUGGAGAUGCUCUAAGUGGAACAACCUUGGGCCAACUACGCCUUCAAUUUUCAAUCCUCUUUGACAGGAAUAUCAGUGUUGAACUCGAAAUACCAAAAGGCUCCCAAUUUUUCUACAAAUUUACUAGGAGAUUAGAAUUGUCGAUUGUGGCUGUUGCUGGAAGGUAGUUCCACUCUAUUGGAUUCAGUGUUUCCCUUGACUGCGAAAAGAAUGGCCACCGCCAUGUCCGUCACAAUCUCUUCAACGUUUCGUCCAUUUCUGGACUCCAACAAAGUCACUGUUGGGAUCCUCCCUGAGAAUGUUCUGACUAGUCGUAAUGCCACAACUGUCAAUUUUUGCACUGCAAAACACAGUUUAUGCAGGAGGUCAUUGAACUCCUGUAAUUUCCCUGUGGAAGGUCACAGAUGUUUGUCCAGGCCAAUAUCUGCUGUUGGUUCAGGUUUAGAGGCUUCAAUCACAGAUCCAAAAGGCAAUGGUAUAACUGUGAAAAAUGCCAAGAUAGUUGUGGAGUCUCAAGAUGAUGAUAAGAUACAAUUAAGAGUGGAUUUGACUGGGGAGGAGACACAAAUCGUAUUUGAUAAGGUAUUGACAAAUUUAGCUCGUACAGCACCACCAAUACCUGGCUUUCGCAGACAAAAAGGAGGGAAAACAUCAAAAGUCCCGAAGAGCUUCCUACUACAAAUGCUUGGUGAAGAGCGUGUCACCAAGUUCGUUAUACAAGAAAUAGUUGACUCAACCAUGGCAGAUUAUGUGAAGAAGGAAAAUCUCAGUGUGAAAGAUAACAAGAUUAACACAUCUCAGACUACUGAAGAACUCAAAUUGUCAUUUAUUCCUGGAAAUGAAUUUGGAUUCAAUGCUACGUUGGAGCUUGAAAAAGCAAAAUCUGAAACAACCAAUUGAAGGCCCUCUUAGAUGUGAAGUUGAAAUAUUCUUGUCUUGAGCUUUGAUUUCAGUCCUUUGUGAUUACCAAUUCUUGUAUAUGUCUUUACAGUUACAUUUAAGAGGAUCUCAUUUCGGAAUUUCCUUGAUUAAAUAUAUGUUAACUGUAUCAUAGUAAUUUCAUUUAAGGCCUGCCGGUGGAAUUUCUU